CAGAGCCAAACAGAUAUAUGUGAGAAUAAGAAAAUACACAGACGAGGAUCAGUUUUCUGGAGCUAAUAGGACCUCCAUCUUUAUAGAAAGGCCGUGCGUCACUGGAAAAUCGCCAGACUUCCUUUUUUGUUGUUACACCUGGUAAACAGCCAUGGUGUUCUGUGCUCUCUUCGUCCUGGGCCCUCUGUGGAUGCACAUUAUGACACAAGCCUGCAGGGGAGAGGACCUGUCCCGGGAGGCGGUGUUGUCCUGGUUCAGAGAGCGGGUCCUGGAGGGCCUCGGGCUGGAGGAGCCUCCGCUGACCCCAGCACAGGGUCCUGAUAGGGACAUGGCACAGCCAGAAGCAAGGCAUGCGCCCCGGAGAGGCCCCAGGACCAGCAGGACAGCGUGGGUCAACCAUCAAACCAUUCCAACCCAGGAAACAUCUCAAAUCAUUCUCUUCCCCAGUUCUGACUCCUCCUGUGCCACGUCGGACUCAGCUCCAGGAGAACCCACCAACAGCCACUUCACCUAUUACUUCCAGCCCUCCAUGAACAACCUGGGGACGCUGGUCACAUCUGCCCACUUCUGGUUCUACGCGGGCAAAGGGGCCAACUCCUCCGCCCAGCUGUUCAUUCUAACUUCAGAGCAGCAGCUUCUUCGGGCGGCGGAGGCUCCACCGAAGGCGAGCUCAGACGGAUGGACCACCUACGACCUGGAUCAAAACCCGCUGACCUCUGUGGCCGAGGGCCCUUUUCUGCUCCAGGUCCGCUGUCCAGCCUGUCAGUGCCACUCCAACGAACCAGACAAGACGCCCUUCCUUCACCUCCACGCUCAGCCUCGUGGUACAGCCCGCUCACCCCGCAGUGCACCAGUAACCAUUCCCUGGUCUCCUUCCGCUGUGGACCUGCUCCAGAGGCCCUCUCAGGAGAGACCUCAGCACAUUGACUGCAUCAAGGCGGAGAUCGAAAUCAGCUUUGAGGAGCUGGGCUGGGGCAACUGGAUCGUCCAUCCAAAGCUGCUGACUUUCCACUACUGUCACGGGAACUGCUCGGCCUCGGAUCGAACCACCACCAUGCUGGGUAUCACCCAGUGCUGCGCUCCGGUCCCAGGGACCAUGAAGUCCCUGAGGAUCACCACAACAUCUGACAGCGGGUACUCGUUCAAGUAUGAGACCUUACCCAACCUUAUUCCUGAAGAGUGUACUUGUAUCUGAACCUGAAAGCUUAAAAAGGGCCAGUUCACCCAAACAAAAGGGCAUUUGUUGUUUAGCUUUUCCACAAAACAUUUCUGUUGAGGUUUUGGAAUUUCUGCUACCUUCUACCCAAAAAAUUUGUCUUAGUAAAACUGUCCAUAGCAAGGAAAUCCUGAUUAAUAGGGUAAAUGUGUUUUAAAUGUAAUGCUUUAAUGAUCAAGAUAGAUGGGCAGAAAUUACACAUUCACCUUCAUUGCAUUUCAAAAUCUGAGCACAUUAAACUUUGGAUAAGACUGAAGGCAUGUUAGAAAAUGUAACCCUUCACAGCUCUGCUUUUACUAAUCACAGAAUAUUAAAGUUUGUUUUGUCAUUUUUAUUUAGCUACAAUCUGCAGGUAAAACUACUGUGAGGCCGGCAUUUUAUUGCUUUUCCUUGGUGUUGUGAUUCUGUCCUUUAGAGGGCAGUCUAUGUCUACUUUCACACUGUUACA